UUUUAAAUGUAUUCCUCGAUGUCCCUCCCUUGUUAUCCGCAGUGACUCCACAAAGGGACAGGGCUCAGCCAUGGUGGAUCCCGUGCCUGAAGAGGAGAAGCUGGGAGCCGAGCCCGGAGGGUCAGGAGGGGACGAAGCCGCUGCGUCGGUGCCCCCUGACUCCCAGGGCGCCCAGCAGCCCACGGCGUCUUCGGCCUCGGCCUCCGCCGUGGCGCCCCGCAAGGCUGAAGUCCCGCCCGCGGCAGAAGGCGGGCAGAGGGAGCAGUCCCCGCUGCUGCACCUCGACCUCUUCAACUUCGACUGUCCGGAGGCCGAGGGCAGCCGGUACGUGCUGACCAGCCCCCGCUCGCUAGAGGCCUGCGCCCGCUGCGCCGUUAAGCCUGUGGAGCUGCUGCCCCGGGCCCUGGCGGACUUGGUGCGCGAGGCUCCCGGCCGCUCGAUGCGAGUGGCCACUGGGCUGUAUGAGGCUUACGAGGCGGAGCGGCGCGCCAAGCUGCAGCAGUGCCGGGCCGAGCGCGAGCGCAUUGUGCGCGAGGAGAAGCGGCGCCUCUUCACGCCGUUGGGCCCCGCGGCCGCCACGGCCUCGGCCCCCAGCGCGGGCAGCAGCAGCAGCUGCAGCAGCGCCAGCCUCCCGGCCUCGCCUGCCCCGCGCGCCGCUCGCAAGGCCUCCUCCAGCCCGUCCCCGGCCCGGACCCAACCCCCGCCCGCGGGGUCGCGGGCAGGUAGGAAGAGCCACUCACUGGACUCCCUGUCCCGCCGGCGGGAGGGCGCCCUCAGCUCCGAGUCCGGAGCGUCGUCGUCGUCCUACAGCGGAGAGAGCCUACGGGAACUGCACUGGCCGCCGCGGGCCUCGGCCAGGAACAGCUGCGCGGCGGGGUCGGCGGCCUCGGCUCCCAACCCCCUGGGCCGCCCAUCCGCCCUGGCCCUGGUUCCGCUCACCGGCCGCAGCUUCAGCCUCGGCGACCUGAGCCACUCGCCCCAGACAGCUCAGCACGUGGAGCGCAUCGUGCGCCAAGUGCGCGCCGAGCGGGGUCUACGCGGGGUGCCUGAGCGCGACCGGAAGAUCGCGGCGCUGAUGUUGGCGCGGCACCAGGAGGAGCGCCUGCUGCUGGAGCAGCGCGCCACGGCCCACGGCCAGUGGGAGCAGCAGCGCGUCCGCGCCGAGCAGCGGCGGGAGCGCGAGGAGCGCGAGAAGCAACGCGCCCUGGAGCAGGGCCGCCGGGCCUGGGCCGCGCAGGUGGAGGAGCGGCGCGGCCGCCGGGGUCGCGAGGAACGCGAGGAGGCGCGGCGCCGGCAGCGACAGUGCGAGCGCAGCGAGGAGCGGCGGCGGGAGCUGGCCGAGCGCCAGGGACUGCUGCGGCGGGAGCGGGCGGAGCGCACGGCCCGGGAGGAUCGGCAGCGCAAGCUGCAGCAGGAACAGAACCUGAAGCAGCGGGAGGAGGGUCUGCAGGAGGUGCGCGAGCGGGCCGAGCAGGUCCGCAGGGAGCGCGCUAAGCGUGCGGCCCAGGUCAAGCAGCAGCAGGAGGGCCAGUUGCAGCGGGAGAAACGGGAGCUUAGCCGGGCGGAGCGGGCGCGCCACGAGGCGUUGUUGAAAGGUCGGGCCCGGCAGGAACGCCAGGAGCGCGAGGGCCUGCGGAGUUCCCUGGAGGCCAGCUUGGGCCGCGCGCAGGAGAAUUACGAGCAGUUGGUGGAGCAGCGCACCCGGGAGCUGCGCGAGCGGGCCCGGCGGGAGGAGCUGCAGGGCCGGCGGGCCAAAGAGGCUGCUGAGCGCAAGGAGCGCGAGCAUCAGGCGCACCUGGAGGCGCUGGCCCGGGCAGGCGAGCGGCGGCUUCAGCACGCGGCGCAGGCGGCCGAGGAGGCGGUGCAGCAGAAGGCGCGGCGCGUGGGCCAGAGCCGGAUGGAGAAGGAGCGGGCCCAGCGCGCCAACAAGGAGAAGGUGGAGAGGGACGAAGACUGCCGCCGGCGGGAGCUGCUCCAAGCCAUCGGACGCAAGCUGGAGCGCAGCGAGCAGCUGUCUCGGGAGCGGCGCAGCGCGCUGGAGAGCGCUCGCUCCACAGCCCGCGCCUCCUUCCACGUGCGCGAGAAGGUGCGCCAGGAGACCAACACGCGCUCCUUCGAUCGCAUGGUGCGCGAGGCCCAGCUGCACGCCAGCCUGGACCGUAAAUGACCGCCGCAGUGCGCAGGCCAGACUGCCACGCUCAGCCCCGCGGCACCCCAUUUUUUCCGGACCGCGGGAAUCGCCAGUCGGGGCACAGCACCGUGGCGUCGCCAGGCUUCUGACCAAUGAGGCGAUGAGAGGACUGAUGUAUGAGACCCGUCAGUCCGCCGCCUUUGUUUUUAAAAAUCGGCUUUGUUUGGAAAUGACAUAGCACAAUCUUCCACCACAUCCCACCUUCUUGGCUCCCACCCUGGCCCUUGCCAAGGUUCCCAAAGUGUCUGUUAAGUUGGAAAGGAAAAGAGCUGGGAGAAAGGGGCUGGGUCGAGAGUCGGGCAGGGCCCCCAAGGGGACAGUGCAGAAGUGACUGGCCCCUCCUGCCGCAGUCACCCCAGGCGUCUUCACAAACUUGGUAUCUGAAGCGUCUGCACAGAUUGCAGCAGAGGAGGCAUCUCCUUGGCUCCCCUCCAUCUUUUAAAAUGUGGCAAGUUGCACAAAGCUCGGAGGCCUCGCAGAAAAGCACAGCUCUUACAAGGUAUUAGGUCACCCUCAAGUGACCGAAAAGCUAUUGACUUUUGUACGCUAGACUUUUAAUCUGCCACUUGUGCAAACUGUGGUCUUAGUUCUGCUAGCUUUUCUGUUGUUUCCCUUAGAUUCUCUAGUUAGACAAUCAUCUGCCAGUAAUGAUCAGUUUGGGUUUUUCGUCUUUCUUAUGUUCCCCAAAUGACACAGGUUUGGUGAUGCUGUUUAGCUUUAGUGGAAGUCCCCAGCCCAGGGAUGUGGAUUCCUUAGGCAUCAGUGUUCCACCCCACUGAGCUUUCUUGCAGGGUAUUUUCAGGGGAAGUAGUGUCUGAUGGACACCUCCCAGUGUGGGGCCCACUCCUCGCAGACAGCAUCCAUGCCUUAAGAAGCAGAGCUACCUAUGUGCCUGCCCAGGCCGAUUCUGCCUCAAUCUCCAGCCCUGGAUGCAGUCCCAAGAGUGGGCCCCAGAGAGUUUGGGGUGUCCAGUUCCCUCUGUGAAGGGAUCAUCACAGCUACUCCGAGGGCAGUUACUUUACUGUGUGGGCAGAAGAGCUGGAAUUUGCCUCUUUGCAGUGAGGGUCGUACUCACUAUGGUUUGACAGUGUAUCUUCCUCUCCUCUCCUUCCCCGAGUGAGGAAAAAGAGGACCCACCCCUACCCGACAUUUCCGGUUCCCUCUCCCCUAGGACUGAAAGUAUUAAGUCAGUUUCUCCGUGCCUCACCUCCCUACCGACCAGAUGGGGCCAUCGGUACUCUUCUUUCUCCCGGUACCUCAAGGCCUCCCGGAUCCAAAGCACCGCCUCGGUAUUAUUUGUUGGUCUUCUUUGUGCCUUUCUUGACCUGGAGUCGGGAGGCAGGAGGACUGCUGUUGGCCUAGCUUGUUUCCAGGAGUAUGGAUUCCUGGCAGUGUGUAAUGGACAGGUGGUCAUUUAGCCUCUGGGGGAAAAUACAUGCAAGACCAGGACACUUUCUGGUCCAAAAAGUCCCGUUCAGUUGUCUUCCGGCAACUUUCACCCUUCAAGUGCUUCUCUUCCGCGAAGCUGAAAUCAGCCCCCAGGCAUGUCCACCCAAGGACUCUACCUUCAUCAAGGAAGGUGGGGAGUAAAAUAUUACUUUUUACAUGAACAGGAUCAAGAAAUAAAAGUUGCCAAAAAAGAAGAAGAAUCAGGGUAGAGAAGUAUUGUAUUAGACAUAGUUCAUGUAUAUUCUGUUUGGCAGAAUUGUCCCUAAAGUGUCUGGUGUCUCACUCACACGCACACACAUGCCCACAUUCUGUUAGCGACUCCCCCCCACCCCCACCCCCACCCCAAUGAAAUGCCAACAGGUACAGGAGUAUUGUGUAGAAGGAAGCAGUGCUUAACUGUUACACAUCAGAUGCUGUGAAACCAGGAAAGGAGCUGUGCCAAGGCUUAUUUCUUGAAUAGAUGAAGUUUUCCUCACAUUUUCAUGUCGGUAACCAGGUUGUCUGAGCUAUAAUAAUCAACAUUGUCGGUGAGUCAAGGGUAUUUAACUAAAAUGUUAGUGUGAUACUGGUUCUUAACUGGUGGUUCCUGAUUUGACAGAGGAGCCUCUGAGACCUUACUAGAAAGUUCCACCUAAAACCACUUCCUUCUAGGGUAUAUGCAUUUGUUUGAGAAGGAUACAAUCUGUUUGUUUGUUUGUUUUUUUGACAAGGCGCUGAAAGGU